UAUUCUUGUAUGGGGACAUAUAAAAAAUUAUAAUAUCAGCCGAUAGAAGUCAAAUGAAAAAUAUAUUCUUUUGGUAAGGAUAGAAAAUCAAAAUCAAAAUAAAUUUGGAAGCUUUUUUUUUUUUUUUUUUUUUAAUGAUGAUUAUUUGGAACCAAACAAAAUAAGAAACAGUUAACUUUAACGGCCAUUCUCUCUCUGAAGCCGAGAAUGUCCUUGUAAUUUUGUUUUUUUAAUCAACAUUGAUAUGCAAAUGCCCUUCAAUUCUCUUCUUCUCUAAAAUCAUCAUCAUUUGUCACCCAGAUUGUUGCUACUUUGUAUUGAAUUUGGGAUGAAAACCUCAUUUUUGCACUCGGGUGAUCGGUAUAUGUAUUAUGUUGAGGCACUAAAGUUUUUCUUUACUCGCCCAGUUCAGAUUUGCAUAGAACUCUAAAGUGAUUUCUGGUAGAAAUGGAUGCAUUUAGCACUUCGUUUGUUGAAAUAUGGAAGAAUUUGCAGGCUUUUCUGAUAGUUCUGGAACAUGCAGCUUGUGAAUUAUUUUUGAAUUGUUUGCUGCUUAUUGGUGCUGUAUUCUCAUACCUGCUGACGAAAUUUGCACGCCAAUGCGAAUUGGAAAUACCUUGCAUUUUGUGUUCCAGGCUUGAUCAUAUAUUGGGCGAUGAGAAAUCUGGAUUUUAUUGUCAUCUACUGUGUAACAACCAUAGAUCAGAGAUAUCAUCUCUAUUCUCUUGUUGCAUUCAUGGCAACCUUGCUGAUGGUAAUAGUAUGUGUGAGGAAUGUCUUUUGUCAUUUACCAGGAAAUCCAAAUUAAACCCAGAUAUGGACAGGCUUUUCAUGGGUAAGUUUGGGUUUGAUCUCAGUGCUUACAGUUGCCAGAAUGCACUGAUGAGAAGGGAAUUUGUUCCUGGUUCUAUGGGCGUGCAGUUGUGUUCAUGUUGCAAUAAGCCUUGGAAAUCAAGACAGAAUGCUAAUAAACUACCUCUGGCAAAACCACCUAGGAGUGGAAUGACUCUGCCUAAAAUUCCUUUGCCAAGACGUCUAAAUCAUCAUGAGGGCUUAAAGAAGAUGAGGGAGAGAUUUUCCGGGUCAGCAACACCCGGCUAUCUUGGAAAAUUUGGUUUUGGUCCCUUGUCUCCUGUUGGAUACAAAGAACUCAAGAUCACUUCUGAUUCAGAGUCAGAAAUCCCAUUUUCUGAUGACGGUGAGGGUUGCAGUAUUACUCGUAGAAUGAAGGAGCCUAAGGAAGUCCCACCUGUAACUCUUACCAAUAUUUUUCAUUUUGAUGCCAAUAUGGGUUGUGACCGGGGCCAGCAAGCAAAUCAGCAAAACUAUCCUUCUGCACUGCCGGAGCUUAUUUCUAUGGAUGAUUUUCCUGCUUUAUCCCAUGGGAUUGAAUCAACCGGGAAGUCUGAGCGCAAAUUUCACGUUUCUCAGAAUAACAAUCCUUCUGUGCUAUCCGAGCUUAUGUCUCUAGUUGAUGCUCCCUCAUUAUUCAGUGUUGUCAAAGGUCCUCUUGAAUCAUCACAAUGGAAGUCAGAUGGCCCUGGAACAAACAGCAUCGCAAAUAGGCACGAGGAAUUUUUGAAGUCAGUAACGGCAACAGCAGGAGGAGGUGUUAAGGUUGAUCAGGUUGCUAACGAAGUGGCGUCUAUAAAUCCAAUUUACAUGAAUCAAUCUGAAGUUUUGAAGUCCACAAUUAGCAGUAUUGAGAAUGAAGAAUCUGCCAAGGAACCUGAACGACUUAAAGGAGAUACGGAAUUGUUCGUCUCUAAAAAUCCUUCUGCUCAAGGGGUUGAUUCAAUAUCAGAUAAGGGAAUCCCGGUUGCUCAUCAGGGACAUGGUGAUGAGUUGCAGAGUAUUGAUCCUUCCAACUCUAAUGGAGCUCAGACGGUUCAAGAAACAACCUCCAUGGAGUGCGGUCUCGAAUCAAAUGAUGGAAGCUCUAUCAGUGAGAUAGAUGGUGAAGGUGAAAAUGUUGUCGGUCGAUUAAAGAAACAAAUUGAGAAUGACAGAAAAUGCAUAAGUGCUUUGUAUAAGGAAUUAGAGGAAGAAAGAAAUGCUUCCGCAAUUGCAGCAAAUCAGGCAAUGGCCAUGAUCACAAGGUUGCAAGAAGAAAAGGCUUCACUCCAUAUGGAGGCCCUUCAGUACUUGAGAAUGAUGGAAGAGCAAGCUGAGUAUGAUGUAGAGGCAUUAGAGAAAGCUAAUGAUCUCCUGGCUGAGAAGGAAAAAGACAUUCAAGAUAUGGAAGCAGAAAUCGAGUAUUUCAGGUUACAACUGUCAGAUGAGCCAGUGGCGGAGACUGUAUCCGACAGAAGCCAUGAUCUGAAAGGGAAAAGUACAACUUUAGAUAAUAGUAGCAGCACACGUUGUGCAGAAGAUGUUGUUAACGUUGUUUCUAGCUCAAAUGACCAGGACAAUCCUAUUGAUGCCAAGUCUUCAUGGACAGAACUUGAAGAUGAAAAGUUUUUUAUUUCACAAUGUCUGAAGGAUUUGGAGAGGAAGUUUCGUCGAUUUGCUGGUCAAGAUAGCGACUCUGAAGAAACUGUCGAUAGAGGGGUAAACAAGGAAGAGUCUCUUGAAAAGGCUAACACUUCAAUUCUUGGGAACGGAAGUACAAGCAUUCAUCCAGUUUCAGGCAAGCAAAAUGAAGAAACUGAUUUGGUGAAUCUUGAAAAUGAAAUUGCAGACCUCAAUGAAAGACUGGAAGCACUUGAGAAUGAUGGGAACCUUCUUGAACAUACUGUUAACUCUCUCCAAACUGGAAAAGAGGGUCUAAAGUUUGUUCAGGAAAUAGCCCAUCAACUACAAGAAUUGCGAAAAAUUGUGAUGAGGGACAGAUCCCAAUUUGCUCCUUGAGUUAUACAUGCAUGAAUUUGAAGUUGAUAUGCAAAGAAAGAAUUAGAUAGUUUUUUUUUGACAUGAUCAUGCUUACAGUUAUCAAAAUCUCCCCACAUGUACAAUUUACUGUUGUAACGUCUUCUAAAAUUCCACUUUAGCAUAUAGUUUUAAAUUUUCCA